CGCCAUCGUCGGGCGAGGUCAGACCAUUGAACCCAUGCGGGGCCGCCGGAGGCUCGCGCCUCUGCUCGGCGCGCUCGUGGCGGGACUGCUGCUCGCCGCGCUCCUGCUGCUGCUGCGCGGCACGGCGGCGGUCGGCCCGGGGCACCGCGACGGCGACGACGCGGCCGAGCAGCGGCGCCGGCAGCGGCGGCUUCGCGCCGCCUGCCGCUCCCAGGGAGACCCGGCCGCCCUGGAGGACCUGCCGGAGGGCCGCCUCGACCACCUGCUGGUGGACGACGAGCACGCGCUGCUCUACUGCGCCGUGCCCAAGGUGGCCUCGACCAACUGGCGCCGCGUGCUGCUGGCGCUGCGCUCGAGCCGGCCGGACCCCGCGCGCAUACCGGCCAACCGGAGCCACGAGCCGAGCGCCUUUCGCAGCCUGGCGCACAUGCGGCGCCAGGAGCAGCGCCGCCGACUCGCCACCCACCUCAAGUUCCUGUUCGCGCGACACCCGCUCGAGCGGCUGCUGUCCGCCUACCGGAACAAGUUCGAGCGCGCGUGGAGCGACUACUUCCCGCUCCGCUACGGCCGUCACAUCGUGCGCCAGCAGCGCGGCGUCAACGCCUCGCGCCAGGCCCUGGAGACGGGUCGCGGCGUCACCUUCGACGAGUUCCUGCGCUACGUGGCCUCGCUGGAGCCGGGCGACCACGCGGCCGCCUUCAACGAGCACUGGCGGCCGCUCGGCGACCUCUGCUUCCCGUGCCAGCUGCGCUACGACGUGCUCGGCUCGUACGACACACUGGAGCGCGACUCGCGGGUCGUGCUGCGCCGCGCGGGCCUCGAGGGCCGCGUGGCGCUGCCCAGCCGCCGGCGCACGUACUCGUCCGAGCCGACGGCGGCGCUCAUGCAGCGCUACUACGCCAACGUGAGCGCGUCACUCAUGGCCCGGCUGCGCCGCGUCUACCGCGCCGACAUGGCGCUGUUCCGCUACGAGAGGAGCUACCCGCACUUCGGGUGAAGUUUCGACCGAAAGCGAAUGACCUCGAGUGAGUGCCACACGCAAUGCUGUGCCGCGUAGAAAGUAUGCGCCACAGUCGCAGUGCUUUGUCCGAGAUGGCCACGAACACUUGGCCUUGACCGGGAAUGCACACGGUGCUUUUCGUGCGACAUAAGCGCGAGUGUCGAAAUUCGCAAUGGCCGGUCGUCGAUUUGUGGACAUGUCCCAUGCGAUAACGGCCAUGCAGUGAACGGAAAACGACCACGAGGUUUGUUUCGCGUACGACGCUGUGGCCAUCCAUUUUAACGAUCCAUCCUUUGCGGGAAGACACGUGACUAAAUAAAGCACUCGGCGGACGCAUUU